GAAGAAAAUAAAAUACGAAAAAAGAGCAAAUAGAACGGAGGAAGAGAGGCAGAGGAGAGGGUGGAUAUGGCGAUCUGUCGAUCGGAACUGCGUUAAUUUGUUGGGAAGGUGCGAUCUCUGAGGCGCCUGUCGAGCCGAGGCGGAGCCAUGGGGAACGUCACGUCGUCGGUGGCGGCGCGGUUGGCCUUCUUCCCGCCGGAGCCGCCGACAUACGAGGUGUUUCGGGAUGUCGACGGGGAGGGGAAGCUACACAUGUUGGGGCUCUCGCCUGACCGGAACGUGGAGGUGCACCAGUUGGAGACCAAGGCCGGGAACCGGGUGGUGGCCACCUUCUGGCGGCAACCCCAAGCCCGCUUCACCCUCCUCUACUCCCACGGAAACGCCGCCGACAUUGGCCAGAUGAUCGACCUCUUCUUCGAGCUCCGGGCGCACCUUCGCGUCAACAUUAUGAGUUAUGAUUACUCAGGUUAUGGAGCUUCUACAGGGAAGCCAUCUGAGUUCAACACAUACUACGACAUAGAAGCAGUGUAUGAGUGUUUGAAGAAUGAAUACGGGAUAGAAGAAGAAGAUCUCAUUUUGUACGGUCAGUCUGUUGGUAGUGGACCAACAUUGCAUCUGGCUGCACGGUUACAGAAACUGAGGGGGGUUGUCCUCCAUAGUGCAAUUCUUUCAGGAAUUCGUGUCUUGUAUCCUGUGAAAGUGACAUUCUGGUUUGAUAUUUUUAAAAACAUUGACAAAAUACGACAGGUGAACUGCCAUGUUCUUGUUAUUCAUGGAACUGCUGAUGAGAUUGUCGACUGGAAUCAUGGAAAACGUUUGUGGGAGCUAGCCAAAGAGAAGUAUGAUCCACUCUGGGUUAAGGGUGGUGGCCACUGCAACUUAGAGACAUAUCCUGAAUACAUCAAGCAUCUGAGGAAGUUCAUCAAUGCCAUGGAAAGACUUUCACUCGUGAAACAGCCGAAUCAAAGCAAUAAUCCACCAACAUCAACCAUGGAGGAGGAUUUAAAACAUAACAAGUGUCUGAUGUUUGCCAAGAAAUGAUGCGUUAAAGAGAUUGUUGUCAUCCCAAAAGCUCCAAAGCUUGAUAUUUGAGUUAAUCAUGUCUCAACCGUUUGAACAAUGAAGAGCUGGAUUAUGCAGGAGCCUCUUGUGGGAUAUGAUGAGAUAAAGCAAACUCCAAAAAAAAAAAAAAAAUUGCACAGAGAAUUUCUGGCAUUGAUAUCUAAGAGAGAUGUACAGAUACUAAUCUUUAGGAGACUCUGUAGACCAAAUGAAAUUCAUGAGUUUAUUUGUUUGUAUGAUUUGCCAGAUUGAUGGCUUGUGGAAACACUUGCGCUAAAGCAAAUACAUUGUUUUGUU